AGCCUCGCGGACACGAGCAUGGCCCGAGCAACGGUCCACGGAAAUAAGAAGAUCUGAUACAUAUACAUUAAUCAGUUUUUAUACUCGACAAUGAGAAUUAUAUCGAGUCAUUGGAUCCCCAUCGUACUUAUUUUACGGUUGACUUGUGACUGUGUUCAUGUGACGGUAGAGGAUGAGAAGAAGUUUGCCAUGCUGUUUUCCUCUGUGGUGCUGCAAUGCCACUACAACACCCACUCUUCCAAACCACCUGUGGUUCAGUGGUGGUAUAAGUCUUACUGUACAGACCAAACCAGAGAGUCAUUCACCUUCUCGGAGACUUUGGGAGUUCGUGGCUCUAAACCGGGGACCAGAAGUCACUUGGACUGCUCCGAUAAAAGUCGUACUGUACAAAUCGUAGCUUCCAAGCAAGGAGACUCCUUAAACCUGGCAAAGCAGUAUAAAGGCAGAGAUAUCUCCAUUAUUAACAAAGCAGACCUGCGUAUUGGAGAGCUACAGUGGGGUGACAGUGGUGUCUAUGUCUGUAAGGUGGCCAGUAGUGAUGAUCUCGAGGGCAGAAAUGAAGGCCAGGUGGAGCUGCUGGUGCUGGGUAAGACAGGUGACCCGAAUGACAUCCUGCCUGAGUUUGAGCUCGAGAUUAUCCCAGAGUGGGUAUUUGUGGCAUCUGUAGCCUUAGGUAGCAUUCUGCUUUUGUUAUUGCUUGGAGUAUGCUGGUGUCAGUGCUGUCCCCACUCCUGCUGCUGUUAUGUACGUUGCUGUUGCUGCCCCGAUACAUGCUGUUGUCCGAAGCACUUAUAUGAAGCAGGUAAAAAAGCUAAAAAUGGACAACCUCCUCAGAUUGCAAUAUAUCCACCAUACUAUGGUAUUCCCAUGGUUCCUCAAGCAGCACCUACUUUGUCUGAGCCCAAGGUGCUUGCAGUGCCCCCCUCUGUGGAGAACAAUACAACUAGAGCUGGCAGUGUAUCAGAGCUAAGCUCCUUGCAUGAUGGCGAUGUGGAUUUUAGGCAGACCUAUAGGCAAGUGCCAAAGAAAGUACUGCCACCAAUCAGUGAUCUCAGCAAUGAUCCACAGAUCCAAACAGUUUCCACGGCUCACAGACUCCGGCCUACGCAAUAUCAAAGAAAUCGUAAUGAAGAACAACCUGAUAGCCGGUGGAACUGCCGCUCCGAGCACCUACCCAGGAAAGCCUUUGACAGCAGAGGACGCUCGGGAUCUUUGGAUGAACUAGAGGAGUUUGCAAUGAACUACAGACAUCGAGAUAGACGAAGGGGUGACUUCUAUGAUCUCCGUGACCCUGAGCAAGAUUUUGACCUGGAACAUUCCUACAGGACACGGGGUUUUCGGGAUGAUGAUGAUGAUGAUGAUGCCAACUGGCGGCGCCAUAGCCCCCCUUUGUCACCACAAAGGAGACAUUACACCAGCAGCGAACAGUAUGCUACUCGAAGAAAGUCAUACAAUGAUGCCUACUUAUCCUCUGUGCUAGAGCGCAAGGCAAGAGGGCAGGGUGAAUGUGGUGGACGGCGUGAUGAUGACAGUGACACGCCAUCAAAGGGCUCCAAAAAGAGCAGCGACUGUAACUAUAGCAGGCCACCAAGCAACCGACCAGAGGAGGAUGAAUCUUUGCCUCCAUACUGUGAGGUAGUUCGCUGUCGAACUGAGGAACCCAUGGAACAAGAGCGCUGUCGUACCACGGAGUCAGCCUUAAGGCCAUUCUCUUACACUCGCCCUAAUCAAAACAUGUCCCACACUCUUCAGGAACUCAGAGAGGACAAGAACAGACCCAGAAAACUGACCACUCAUCUAAGCAGAGACUCCCUUGUUGUCUGAAGUCCUUGAGUGUCCGCGGUGCCGAUCACACUGGACUCACAUCGUACUAUUGGCAUGCAUCUACAGGGACAUGCACAUGACAACAUGACUAAAUAUUUUGUACAUAACAGUAAUGACUGACACUGGAUCUUGGUAUUAGCCAUGAAAAAAACAUGUGUGCAUUAUCAAUGUGUAUGUGUUUACAAAAAUGCAUGUCUUUCACUCAUGCAUGUCUUUUCACAAUGCGUGAAGCUUUCAUGUCACUCAUAUUUUUUGGAUUUAUCAGUCCAUCUAACAAAUGGACAGUGAAUCUUUUCCCAACUGCACAGAAGCUUGUAGACUGAUAAGACCUCAUAAAACUUUUUAAAUACUUUCAAAAGCCUUGAUAUUAAGAUAAGAUAAACCUUUAUUAGUCCCACAAGUGGGAAAUUUGUUAAGUACUGUAUUUGUGUACCUUUUUAUUAUUGUUGUUAUUGCUAUAUAUGUUUGCACUACAGAUUAAGUUCACAUUUUAGUGUUAAAAAUUUCUUCUACAUGGAAAGCAUGAAUUAUUUUUUUUUAUAAACCAUUGAGUAUUUC